UAAAUGAUCGAGUCUUAACGAAAAGACCACAAAAAGAGGGAGGAGGCUCUGCUAGCUACUCCAACCAUAACCAGAAGUACUUGUUUAAUUCAUAAUUUCAAGAUAUUUGUUGAGUGAAAUCCUAUCAAAAUGUCGGAUUCCAAGUACUUCACCACGACGAAGAAGGGAGAGAUCUACGAGCUGAAAGCGGAUCUCAACAGCGAUAAGAAAGAGAAGAAGAAAGAAGCCGUGAAGAAAGUCAUUGCAAGCAUGACAGUCGGAAAAGAUGUCAGCUCUCUGUUUCCAGAUGUGGUGAACUGCAUGCAGACUGACAACCUUGAGCUGAAGAAACUGGUCUAUCUCUACCUGAUGAAUUAUGCCAAGAGUCAGCCAGACAUGGCCAUCAUGGCUGUCAACACAUUUGUUAAGGACUGUGAGGACCCUAACCCUUUGAUCCGUGCUCUGGCCGUGCGCACCAUGGGCUGCAUCCGCGUGGACAAGAUCACAGAGUACCUCUGCGAGCCGCUGCGCAAGUGCCUAAAGGACGAGGAUCCAUACGUGCAGAAGACGGCUGCUGUGUGCGUGGCCAAGCUGUACGACAUCAACCCGGUGCUGGUAGAGGAUCAGGGAUUCAUUGAUCUGCUGCGUGACCUGCUCACCGCAUCCAAUCCUAUGGUCGUUGCCAAUGCAGUGGCUGCUCUGUCUGAGAUUAACGAUGCCUCACCAACAGGAAGCACUCUCUUUGAACUCAACUCGCAGACCAUCAACAAGCUUCUCACUGCCCUCAACGAGUGCACUGAAUGGGGUCAAAUCUUCAUCUUGGACUCGCUGGCUAACUUUAGCCCCAAGGAUGAGAAGGAAGCUCAGAGUAUAUGUGAACGGGUCACCCCUCGUCUAGCCCAUGCCAACGCUGCUGUGGUCCUCUCAGCUGUAAAGGUUCUGAUGAAGUUCAUGGAGUUGAUGCCACCCUCUGGGGAGUACGUGGUUGCUCUUACCAAGAAGCUUGCCCCGCCCCUAGUCACCCUCCUCUCUGCUGAACCGGAAGUGCAAUACGUCGCUCUUAGGAACAUCAACCUCAUCGUCCAGAAGAGACCGGACAUCCUGAAAGAGGAGAUGAAAGUGUUCUUCGUCAAGUACAAUGACCCGAUCUACGUCAAGCUGGAGAAGCUGGACAUCAUGAUCCGUCUCGCCUCCCAGAGCAAUAUCGCGCAGGUCCUGGCCGAGCUCAAGGAGUACGCCACUGAAGUCGAUGUGGACUUCGUCCGCAAGUCCGUCCGCGCCAUCGGACGUUGCGCCAUCAAAGUAGACGUGUCUGCUGAGCGAUGCGUAAGCACACUGCUUGACCUCAUCCAGACCAAGGUCAACUAUGUCGUCCAGGAGGCCAUUGUCGUCAUCAAGGAUAUCUUCCGCAAGUACCCCAACAAGUAUGAGAGCAUCAUCGCUACUCUCUGUGAGAACCUGGACUCUUUGGAUGAACCCGAAGCAAGAGCUUCCAUGAUCUGGAUCCUCGGUGAGUAUGCCGAACGUAUCGACAACGCCGAGGAGCUCCUGGAGAGCUUUGUGGAAGGGUUCCACGAUGAGAACACCCAAGUACAGCUUCAGCUCCUCACCUCCAUCGUCAAGCUCUUCUUGAAGAGGCCUCAGGAUACCCAGGAACUCGUCCAGAAUGUGCUCAGUCUGGCUACACAGGAAUGUGAUAACCCUGACCUGCGUGACCGUGGCUACAUCUACUGGCGUCUGUUGUCGACCGACCCGGCUGCAGCCAAGGACGUGGUGCUCGCUGAGAAGCCUCUCAUCUCAGAGGAGACCGAUCUCAUCGAGCCAACCCUCCUGGACGAACUCAUCUGCUACAUCGGCAGUCUGGCCUCGGUCUACCACAAGCCACCCAGUGCCUUUGUGGAAGGCCGCACCGCCACCAGGCGGUUCCUCCCCACUCGUGCUCCAGGGAGCUCUGGCUCCGCCUCACCCGAGACUGAAACGGCACCGAGCUCCGCCAUCCCAGAGACCACGGUCAUACCCCAGCAGCAGCAGCACUCUGGUGGCGACCUGAUCGGAGACCUGCUCAGCAUCGACCUGGGAGACAGCGGCAUGGUGCAGCAGCCACCGCAGCAGCAGCCGAACAUGGGUGGUAUGGGCAUGGGUAUGAACAUGGGUGCGUUCGGUGGCGCCCCACAACCAGAGACCACCGGUGGUGGUGCUAUGGACCUCCUGGGAGACAACAUGGAGAGCUUGAUCAUGGGUAACCCCACCCCUACAGCAGCAGCAGCUGGAGCAGCACCACCCCCAGGGGCCGGGGGUGCCAACAUGGCUGCUCUCGGGGAUAUCUUUGGGAUGACAAGCGGAACAUCAGAGGUCUACACCCCUGCUAAACAGGCAUGGUUACCAGCCAGCAAAGGUAAAGGUUUAGAGAUCAUGGGUACCUUCAACAGGAAGCAAGGCAAACCUCAGAUGAGCAUGACAUUCCACAACAAAGCCAUGCAGCCCAUGACGGGAUUCGCUGUUCAGUUCAACAAAAAUAGCUUUGGCCUGCAACCCUUGACAGCCCUGACAAUCCCGACCCCCUUGAGUGCAAACCAGUCCAUUGAUACGUGUCUAGCACUCAACACCAGAGGGGCCAUCCAGAGAAUGGACCCUCUCAUGAACAUCCAGGUUGCCGUCAAGAACUGCAUCGAUGUCUUCUACUUCAGCGCCACCAUCCCCAUCAACGUCCUCUUCGUCGAAGAUGGGCAGAUGGAUCGAAAGGUAUUCCUAGCCACAUGGAAGGACAUUCCUCCCAGCAACGAGGUUCAGGCUCAAAUCACCAACUGCAGUAUGUCAUCAGACCAAGCAACCAACAGACUACAGCAGAAUAAUAUCUUCACAGUGGCCAAGCGGACAGUGGAUGGUCAAGAUAUGCUCUACCAAUCACUCAAGCUGACCAAUGGAAUCUGGGUCCUCGCAGAGCUUAAAGUUGUUCCAGGCAACCCCACAAUCCAGCUCUCACUCAAGACACGAGCCAUGGACGUGGUGCAGGACAUCCAGAAAGCAUACACUGAAAUCAUGCAGAACUAGCUAGUCAUCUGAAACAAAUCUCUUAUCAAAGUCCCCUUGUCAACCAUUUAUCAACAGUCUGUUCAGUGUUAUGUUGAAGUACUUUGUAGCAUCUUAGUCAUAUCAAAUUUAAAGGUAACGGUACAGCUGUGAGCAACCACUUGGAGCCAUGCGGUACUCAGCAUAGGUUUAACUUUAAAAUUAUUGUCGUUGUUAUAUUGAAGCCCUUAUCAUUUCCUAGCAUCUUCAGUGUUAUGUUGAAGUACUUUGUAGUAUCUCAUUAAUUCUCAUUAAUAUCAAAUUUAAAGGUUACGGUACAACUGUGAGCAAAUACCGGAAGCCGUGCAGUACGCAGCAUAGGUUUAACUUAAAAGAUUAUUGUCGUUGUUAUAUUGAAGUCCUUAUCAUUUCCUAGCAUGUUCAGUGUUAUGUUGAAGUACUCUGUAGCAUCUCAUUCAUAUCAAAUUUAAAGUUUAUGGUACAACUGUGAGCAAAUACAUGUGGUACACAGCAUAGGUUUACCUUCAAAUGUUUGUUCACGCCACAUUAUGUCCUAGGUUAUUCUUGUGCAGGACAAAUCAUUGUCGUUAUCGCCCUUAUCAUUUCCUAGCAUUUCGAUGAGAGCAAAGUUAAAAGUUGUGGUAUACAUGUAGCUGUGAGCAAAUACUUCUUUUGUAGUCAAAUGCAUAAUGUUAGCCUGAAGUGUUUGUUAAGCACAUUGGAAAUAUCGCAUGGCUAUUCAUUGGGUCAAAGAUCAGUAUCACUUUUUAACCCCCCCCCCCCCCCCCCCUUUUACCUAUGAGUAGUGUGGGGAAAACCCGUUUUUCCUGGCUCAUAGCAGGAGAAAUUGAUAUAUAACAGCUGUCCUUGUUGAAGUAUAAUAACCUCCUCUCAUGAAUACUCAACAGAAGUACAGACUUACUGUAAAAGUCUGUAUUAUCUAUGAUUGUCACCCAGUCUUAUUGAUAGAGAAUAUAUUGUUAUUAUUAUUAUUUAUUCAACCAUUCAUAAAAAAAAGCACAAAUACAAUACAGCAUGGCAAGAGACAAGUACGUAAUAAGAAUGAACAAACGCAUGCAAAGAGAUAAGGGAGCAGCAAGUGGAUCAGGGUGCACAAAAGUGAAGUUCAUCACUGUUGCCCGGGGGCAUGUGCCCCCCCCCCCCCCCCAAUACAUAACUAACAAUUCUAUAUCAAGUAACUGAGGACUACAGGCAAAGACUAAUUCUUACCAGCAGAUUUUGUUUAUUACAUUUAUAAAUACCCUAUUAGAUAAAGGUUAAUUGCGUCAUUUCUGUUAAUGGGUUGUCUUAUAGCUUGUAAAGUAACGUUACUUGAGCCCCUUGUGUAGUUGCCGCCUGUGUAAACAGGAGUAUCCAGUUUCAGGAUCUCAGAUCAUAAUUGAGAGCAUCUUUAGUCAACAAGUCUGAUUAUAUGUAAAAUGAGAACGUAGCAACCCUCUUUUGUGAUCUGUGACUUGAUUCUGGGAAAGGCCUUGUGUAUUCGAUCACAGCAGAUGACCUCUGAAGAACAAGAUUCAGUUACGGACUUGCGGUAUGCCCUCUUAUUAUGCAUUUGCAUUGGUAUUCAAAUAUUAAACUGUGCUACAUGAUACACGGUCAGAUUUGAAAUACAAUAAAUGAUUGUAUUUCACCAAACCAAAUAGAGGGAUCAAAACUAGUUUUUUUUAAUCAUUUCUACAGUUACAACCCCAGUAUGAAGCCUUGCAAGCACAUGUAGCGUGUUUUGUUGCUUAUCAGUGGUAUUUAAGUAAUUACUGUAUGAAAGGUUCCGUUGAUGAAUAUAGAAUAUCCAGCAACUUUAUCAUUCCUUAUAUGGGCUGGAAUUACUUUAUUUAGAAUAUGAUAAUCUUAAGAUUGGCUUUCUGUUGUAUGUCACAUUUCAAGAUCAAAUUAUGUUGUAUGGAUUAAUCAUGAAAUGGUCAAAAGAAAAGUAUGUAAGCAUUGAGAUAAUAGUCAUUAAUUAAAUAUAUAUAUGUACUAAUGUACUCCCAUUCAACAUAAUUCAUUCUUUAUAGUGGUCUUGUUAUAAAGUAUUGAAGAAGUA